AUGUCGGAAAGUGAUGAGUCAAUUGAUUCACAUGAUCUCUCACCGCGCAUGAUUGCAUUAAAUAUAAAAUAUAAUAAUUUUACCAUAAAAUUUUUUAGAAUUAAUGGUCUACGAAAGCGGCGGAAUUUUUUCUCUUCAUUCAUAAGUGCAUUUAAAAAGCCGUCAGACCCAUCAAAAUUGUCAACGAAUGCGAAUUUUACUCAGUUUAAUUUGACUUCAACUUCUCUACAGUUAUCAGUUGAUAUUCAAACUGAACGACGUAAAAAAAGAAAAGGAAACGCAAAUCGUUUGGAUACGUUCAAAUGUUAUAUACGACGAUUUCCAACGAGUAUUAAUCCGGAUUCUGCUGAAUUUGAGAUCAUGGAGCCUGCUAGUGGAAAUUGUUUCAUCUUAUUAACAUUGAUGAAAACGGAUAAUCUAGCUGUAAAUUGGAAAGAAUUUCAGGAUAGUAAUGGCACUAUUGAUGCUUCAACAUUGUAG